GACAGGGAGAAACGUGUUUGUGCAAGUGGGACUGUGCCACUGUUCUCUUACUCGUUGUUACCCUACAACCGGAAUCGAUUCAAUUGUCCCCCCGAGUCCUGAGUGAAACAUGAAGAGAGGGAGCAAGAGAGAGUCUGGGGGCCCCCUCACUGAGGAGCCGGAGCCUCUCUUCUCUGAGGAGAACAGGAGUUUGCAGGAUGGAAACCCAUUAGAUGAGAGUGACAGCGAGGAGAGCCAAUACUCUGGCCUUGAGGAUUCUGGGACUGACAGCAGUGACGAUGAGGAGGAUCACAGCUCUGAGGAAGUACAAGAUCCAGGGAAGUCCCCAAAACAGAUCAGAAAGGUUCCCCACAGGACCAGUAAGUCUCAAGCUGAUUCUCCAGCAGAUGAGGAGGACCAGCCCAAUGAGAUCAAGGAGUAUGAGAAUGAUUCUUCUGAUGAGGAGGACAUCAGGAAUACAGUGGGCAACAUUCCCAUGGAGUGGUACAAGGAUUUGCCACACAUUGGAUAUGAUCUGGAUGGGCGCAAGAUCUUCAAGCCCUUGAGGAGUAAAGAUCAGCUGGAGGAAUUCUUGGACAAGAUGGAGAACCCAGACUACUGGCGGACGGUUCAUGAUAAGAAGACGGGGCAGGACAUCAAACUGACCGAUGAACAGGUGGAUUUGGUGGAGCGGCUGCAGAAGGGGCAGUUUGGAGAUCUAAACUAUGAUCCUUACCAGCCGGCUAUUGAUUUCUUCACUCAUGAGACAAUGAUUCAUCCGGUGACCAACCGACCAGCAGAUAAACGGAGCUUCAUCCCCUCCCUGAUUGAAAAGGAAAAGGUCUCUAAGUUGGUCCAUGCUAUAAAGAUGGGCUGGAUCCAGCCAAGGAAACCCCGUGACGAUACCCCCACUUAUUAUGACCUUUGGGCAAAGGAAGAUCCCAACGCCAUCCUGGGCAGACACAAAAUGCAUGUUCCUGCACCUAAACUGCCCCUUCCAGGACAUGAGCAGUCCUACAACCCCCCUCCAGAGUAUCUAAUGAGUGAGGAAGAGCGUUUGGCCUGGGAGCAGCAAGAUCCAGAGGAUCGAAAACUGCCGUUUCUUCCCCAGAGAUUUAACUGCCUGCGGGCUGUGCCUGGAUACGCCCGAUUCAUCCACGAGAGGUUUGAGCGAUGCCUGGACCUGUACCUGUGCCCGCGCCAGAGGAAGAUGAGGGUCAAUGUGGAUCCUGAGGACCUGAUACCCAAAUUACCCAAGCCUAGAGAUUUGCAACCCUUCCCCACAAUACAGUCCAUGAUUUACAAGGGACACAAGGAUCUUGUUCGCUGUAUCAGUGUUUCACCCUCGGGGCAGUGGUUGGUCUCUGGCUCUGACGACUGCUCCGUGCGGUUCUGGGAGGUCAGCACCGGGCGCUGUAUGAAGUCUGUAGUCCUGGAAGGCGCAGUUAAAAGUAUCAGCUGGAACCCAAAUCCAGUGCUGGUUCUGGUGGCGGCAUGUGUGGACCGCUCCGUGGUGCUGAUUAACCCGGGCCUGGGGGACAGGUUACUGUGCAGCGCUACGGACCAGCACAUAAGUGGCUACCAGCCCCCCGAGGAGGAGGUCCAGCAGCCCGUCACAUGGGAGGAAGCGGAGGGAGCCGAAUAUUCCAGUGGUCUGAGGCUCUGGAUCAAACACCAGAAGGAGGUUAAGCAGGUGACGUUUCACGCCCGGGGAGAUUACUUUGCUGUCGUCCUCCCUGAUAACGGCAACUCCCAAGUCCUCAUUCACCAGCUGAGCAGGCGCAGGAGCCAGAACCCCUUCCGAAAAAACAAGGGUCAAGUGCAAAAGGUUUUGUUCCACCCCACACGCCCCUUCUUUUUUGUGGCCACCCAGCGAUACGUCCGAGUCUAUAACCUCCUGAAGCAAGAACUGACCAAGAAGCUACUGACCAACUGCAAAUGGGUGUCCAGCAUUGCCGUGCAUCCAGCAGGGGACAACCUGAUCUGUGGAAGUUACGACUCUAAACUCGCCUGGUUUGAUAUGGACUUGUCUACAAAACCCUACAAAGUGCUCAGGCAUCACAAGAAAGCUCUUCGGGCCGUGUCGUUCCACAAGUCGUACCCGCUCUUUGCCUCGGGGUCAGAUGAUGGCAGUGUAAUUGUGUGUCACGGGAUGGUGUACAAUGAUCUCCUGCAGAACCCACUAAUUGUUCCGGUGAAAGUUCUUCGGGGCCACGCGAUUCAUCGUGAUCUUGGGGUUCUUGACGUGAUGUUUCACCCCACUCAGCCCUGGGUCUUCUCCUCCGGUGCCGACGCCACAAUCCGAUUAUUCACAUAACUCCGCCUCCUAUUCUGGACUUCCCAUGAAUAAGCCCCCCCCCCCAGUGCCCUCAUUCAGAGGUUGCUCAGUGCCAUCUCCGGGGGGGGGGGUGAAAGACUGGUGGCUAAUAGCCCACGUAGCUCUCUGGCCCACACAGAAUGGAUCUCCCUCAACCAACAGUUUCAGUGCAGAAGAUUAAGGUGCAAAAUAUUCUUGUUUGGUCUUUGGUUACCAUGGAGACCGAGUCUCACUCCCCUGAGUCCUCACUCUGUUGCUGCAUAUUCAGCGCCAAUAAAAGUCUUUUACAGUAAAACACCAA